UCACAGUCCACGAAGUGUUCCUGUCCAGAACGCCAGAUCUCUCUAGGCAGAACUCACCAUGACCCGGAUGACGAAGCUACUUUUCUUACCUGGCAUAUGGCUGCUGCUGCUUCUGGCUGGCACCGAGAGUGCUCCCAAGACGACGACGACGGCGACAGAAGAGCCACCGGAAAAACACCCAAAGGUUCUGGUCCGCGAUGAAGCCACUCUUCCACCAAAGACAACGACGAAAUGGCACGAAAAACCUCUGGUCCGAAAUGAACCCACUCUUCCACCAAAGACAACGACGAAAUGGCACGAAAAACCUCACGAAAAACUUCAACAGCGACAGAUAACGAACUGCAGCGUCAACACAGGUCGAAUAGUGGCGUCCUCAGGUACAAUCGGGAUAGGGUCCAUUGGAGGAAACUACAACGAUAACGAAUAUUGUGUCUGGGAGAUCGAGGUUCCUGAAGGACUGAUCAUUUGGUUCACAUGGGAGUACUUCGAACUAGAGGGUCCAGAGUCUUGGUGCCCUUAUGACUACGUUGACAUUUCUGAUUAUGCAACUGGAGACAGCUUGACUGGAAGGGUUUGUGGCAGCAGCAUUCCACGGUCUGUCAGGAGCCGCAGUAACAUCGUCAGGGUGACUUUCAACAGCGAUUAUUCUGUCACGUAUCAGGGAUUCGGGCUCCGUUUUGAGGCUUCAUCGGAUGUGUAUGAAACAACUGAGACCACAACAACAACAACUUGGCUACCUCAGACGAGCUGCAGUGUUGACACAGGUAAUUGCUGUGUGACCUCCAGGGGAAUCAGCACUGAUUGUUUUUUCACUUGCAAUUGUCAAACUGGUUACAACGUUCAAAUCUUCCGUUAUUAUUUUAACUUGAAAAUGACCUGGAGGAGUUUGCGAAGACCACUGGAGUCGAGGGGGGAUCCGGGAGCGAGUCUUCCUCUGGCUUCAGUCUUUGGGGGUCUUCAUAGCUCUUCCACUUCCCUUGCAGGAGUUUGUGGAGACUCGGAAGGAGUCUGGGAAGGAAUCUGGCUUCGAACAGGCUUCUGCAGAGCUCAGAACUUUCUCGUCGUUACAUUAAUUGACAUGAGGGCAGAAAGAGACGAAGAGAGAAGCUGA